AUGGAACUAGUAAGAAAAUAUUUUGAAUCUCUGAAGAUUUCAGAAUGGAAGCUAGGGCUGCUAGAUGGUAGGCAUCUCCUAAUCCAGCUGACUAAAGAGGACGACUAUGCCAGAAUUUUUGCAAAGCAAUCCAUCAUCAUAGCUGGAACAGAAAUGAAAAUUUUAAAAUGGUCACCUGAUUAUGAUCCAUCACGAGAACCUCCCACAGUGCCUAUAUGGUUUAAGUUACCUAAACUGCCUUCGCAUCUAUUUAAACUGAAUGCAUUGUUCAUUAUUGGGUGCACCUUGGGUACACCCUUGAAGGUUGAUGCUGCUACUUUUAAUAAGGCCAGACCAGCCAGUGCAAGAGUUUUAGUGGAAAGGGAUGUCACCCUUCCUGAUGUCAAAAGAAUUUGGAUUGGGGACAAUCAUAGGGGGUUUUGGCAAGAAGUCAUCAUUGAGCAAAGACCACAUUACUGCCAACAUUGCAAAAUGUUUGGACAUAAUAUGGAGAGAUGUUAUAGGUUGAAACCCCCCAUAAGAAGGACUCACCAACAACCUCAACAGGAGUUGGAGGAUGCCAAUAUCAAUAUCCAGGAAGUUGGAAAUAUAGAAGUACAAAAGAAGACUUUGAUUGCUGAAGGGACUGAUGAGUCUCUCACCCAAAAGGACUCACCCUGUGUGGCAGGGACAGUUAGAAUUGGAAGCAAAGUUGCUGGCCAAAUAUCUAUAAAGGCUAAGAAACUGGAGAUCCAACCAGAGGCUGAGUCAGUGGGGGAGGAGUUACUUACCUCCCCAUCUCCCAAAAAUGUGAAGAACCCAGUGGUGGAUUUAGCGGUGGAACUGUCCAGUCAGAAACUAGUAGAAGAUAUGAAUAAAGAGCUGGAGUCAGAUUGA